UGCUUUUUGUUUCAUAUAUUAUAUAUAUCUACAUGAAAUUUGAUUUACUGUGUGAUAAAUGAAAUGUCUUUUUGCCAGUUUUGGUAAUGGUAAAGUUUUGAGGGGUUUUUUCCAUAUUGUCCCGUUCUUGCUUUUCAAAGUUUGUAUAUGGUUAUGACUGUAAAUUUCAAUGGCAAUUUUUAUUUUUCUAUAAUAUUGCAAAUCCAUUUCCAUAUCUAAUAAAUACAAUUUUUUAGCAUCAUUUAGUGUAUUUGUGUUUUUUGAAAAGGAAAUCAAAAGGAUAAAUAUUCAGAAGACCGGUCAACAUUCACGAUGAUAUAAACAUGUCGGAGUUUUUUAGGCCACAUCGUACACUGUAUUUACUUAACUUCCUGGUUACGUAAUUCUAACACUAUUUAUCCAGAUUUUGAGACGUUUUCAGCUGAACAAGCUACCCCAUUUCAACUUUAGUCGAGAUACCGACACAAGGCCAGGUUGUAAAUAUCUUUUGUUCGCUCGGAUACCGGUAUAAGGGUUUUUGAAAUUUAAUGGGGAUCAUUGAACAGCGGUGUGUACACGUGCAUAGGCAGCUAGCACAAAAUGGUGGUGGUUUUUAAAACACUAAGAAGACUCUGUACUGUUCGAAAACAAAUAUCUUUCAUCGGGAUUUUGCUUCUUGUUGUGCUUUGGAAUGUAUGGAACCAAUAUCACCAUUUAUCAAAUGUUUCAAUUUCUUUCAAAAGACUUAGAAAAAGUGUAUUCGCCAUGAUUAAUAUCAAGGAUUUUUUAGAUACUACCUCAUCAACAAGCCAACCUAUUUCAUGCCAUUCGUGUUUUGUUCAUAGAUAUCAAUAUGUUCUGAAUAAUGCAAACAUCUGUGGCACGAGGAAUAGAACGCGCUCAAUUCGCAUCAUUAUUAUAAUAUUCACCAAACAUGAGAAUUUUCGUCAAAGGGAGGCUUUGAGACAGACGUGGCUCCGUGCAGCAAAGCGAAACACUGACACAAUCAGGAAUCUCACUUUAAAAACUGUAACGGCUUUAAAAUGGGCCAGUGACUAUUGUGGGCAUGCUGAGUUCCUAAUGAAAACGGAUGACGAUGUAUUUGUGAAUACAGAGGCUUUAUUAGCCACACUCAGCCAACACAAAAGUCAGUUGCGGGAAUCCGUAGGAGGAUAUUGCUGGAGUAAGGAAAAGCCCAAUCGACAGAGGGGCUCAAAAUGGUACAUAUCAUACAAGAUGUAUCCGAAAAAGUAUCUUCCAGGAUUCUGCUCUGGGACGGGUUAUGUGACAAGCAUUCGUGUCGCAAAAAAACUGUACGACGUUUCAAAAAACGUUCCACUCCUUCCGUUAGAAGAUGUAUAUAUAGGUCUUUGUCUUCGCGCUCUACGAAUGUCUGUGACAACAAUUAAAGGUUUCAACGUUGAGAAAGUGCCCCUUGGUUGUAUCUAUCACAGCAAUGAUUUAAUAACAUCACACCAACUUGAUCCAAGCAAUUUAAAAACAGUAUGGCGUCUGAAAUGCCACAAUAGAAACUGACAUGUGCAUGUAAGAGGAUACUUAUAACCGGAAGUGAGGAAUGUGUGAACUGUGCUGGAAUGUAUAUAUAACCAGAUGAUAGUUCAAAAGUAAACAAUUGGGAUCAUACAACGCGCAAUAUAUUCACUCAAUAGAUAUAAUGUAAAAACUAAAGUUAUAUAAUGUAAAAACUAAAGUUAUAUCUAAUACUUAUUUAUACGACUAAUAUACACAAAACGCAGUUUGUUAAUACACACAUAGUAUUUCAGUGAAAAUUAAAUAGGAUGAGCACAUCCUUUUUUCAAAAUAGCUCUUCCUGUUUGUAAAUAGGCCAUUAUCAUCUUCCAAAUUACGAGGAAGGAAAUUUGUUUGAGAUUUUUUCAGCACUUAAAGCUUCAUAUGCAUGAUAAAACUUCCGUUUACUGCCAUUAGUGGUAUACCGUAUAUACUGUUCCUUUUAUAUGACAUACGAUAAAUACAAUAAUUUAUAAAAGACACUGAACAGAAAAAUGUUUUAAAUGG